GAAAGACUUCAGCCACAAACAGUGGGCAGUGCCAUCAUGGGGCCAGCUAAUAAGUCACAACUCUCUCCAAGCACCUUCUGGCUGAUGGGCAUCCCAGGCCUAGAACACCUCCAUGUCUGGAUUGGGAUUCCCUUCUGUUCCAUGUACAUGGUGGCCCUGAUGGGGAACGUCACUAUCCUGGCUGUGGUGAGAGCAGAGCGCAGCCUCCACGAGCCCAUGUUCCUCUUCCUGUGCAUGCUAUCUGUCACUGACCUGGUCCUCUCCACAUCCACAUUGCCACGCAUGCUCUGUCUCUUCUGGAUGGCAGCUCAUGAUAUCACCUUCGACGCAUGCCUUGCUCAAAUGUUCUUCAUCCACAGUUUCACUGCCAUGGAAUCUGGCUUCUUCUUGGCCAUGGCCAUUGAUCGCUAUGUGGCCAUUUGUGACCCACUGCGCCAUGCCACAAUUCUCACCCACAGCCGCAUCGCUGUGAUGGGAGCAGUUGUGGUGCUGCGUGGGGUAGGCUUCUUCUCCCCACACCCUGUCCUGCUUAAGCAGCUGCCCUACUGCAGAACUCGAAUCAUUGCACACACCUACUGUGAGUUCAUGGCUGUGGUGAAGCUGGCAUGUUUGGAGAUAGGAGCCACCAAGCGUUACAGCCUUGGUGUUGCUUUUGGCAUUGGCUCCUGUGAUUGUUUCUUCAUUGCCAUCUCCUAUGUUCUGAUCCUCCGUGCUGUCUUCCGGCUCCCAUCCCGAGAAGCAAGUCUUAAAGCUUUAGGCACUUGUGGCUCACAUGUCUGUGUCAUUGUUGUGUUCUACUCCACAGCUGGGUUUACCUUCCUGACCCACCGUUUUGGCCACAAUGUGGCCCCCCGAACUCAUAUUCUCAUAGCCAAUAUGUAUUUAUUGGUUCCACCAUUUCUUAACCCCAUUGUUUAUGGUGUUAGGACCAAGAAAAUUCGAGACUAUGUUCUUAAUACUCUAAAACUAAAAGGCAGCGGAUCAUGCUGAUGUUGUUUG